AUGACAGUUUCUUCGCCAGGAUGCUCAAGGCUGAUGGAGAUCAGAACACGCUUGGAUGAGAUAGCAAAUGAACAUUGCAAGGCACGUUGGAAUAAGGGGCCCCUUCCAGAUUUAUCGCAGUUGCCCAAUUUGCUGAAAGAGGUGGAUGGCAUGUAUGACACGCUGGAGCUCCAUGACCGUGCCAAAGCGGAUAUGAUUGUUGGCUGUGGCUGGCACAUGCUGGGGGAUAAUGAGAUGGCAUUGGAGCCUUUAAUGAGAGUGGUUGCUUCGACGGGCCUACCUGUGAGCGAUCAGUUGUGUGCCAUACAGGUGGCAAUGCCAAUCCUUCAAAAGAAACAUCGUUGGGGCCACAUUGUUGAAGCAGGUGACAAGGCCUUCGAGCUUGCGGGCAAAUGGGUCGAUCCUGUUUUGCCAUUCUUGAAAGGUGUUGCCUUGGGCAGACUUAAAUGUGCGGCUCAGGCAGCCGACUGCUUGGAAGAGGCAAUUGCGAUGAACAAGGGCUUCAAACAGGCACAUUUGGAGUUUCAGCAAGCAGCGGCGGAGCUGGAAGACAUACAUCGAUGCAGGCGGGUCGCUCAGUUGCUUGUGGAUCAUGGAGGCUACUGGGUGAACUCUUUACAGAGACCCUUGCACUUCGCAGCUCAGCCAAAGGUGAGGUCGCAGCCAUGGUAUGAAGCGGACCAAUUUGAGCUCGUCAAGGCCCUGGAGCAGAACUAUGCCGUCAUCAAAGGUGAGCUAGAAGCCUUCAACAAAUUGAGAAAGGAUAUCCUUUCGAGCACUCAAAUCUAUGUACUUUGCAUCCCGUCCAGAAAACAACACGCCACCGAGCUUAUGGCAAAAUGGGGGUUUCCUGAUGCACAGCUGGUGGAUGGGCCAGUAAAAAAUGAGAUAGACAUGCAAGAAUUGAUCACUGCUGGUGUUGUGCUACGGGACUACCUGGAUGUGCUCUGGCAAGAUGUGGAAUACUUUCCCGAGGGCAAGGUGGCAUGUCACUUGGGUCAUUUGGACAUCCUGAAGAAGUUCUUGAUGCAGGAUACCAAGAGCUUUGCCUUGGUAUUUGAGGAUGACCUGGAGCCAGGGCCUGAGUCACUCCAGCAGGAUUUACAACAAUUUAUCACUUCUGUGCCAGAGGACUUUGAUUUGCUCCACUUGGGUUUCGUUCGAGAGAGCCGAGAUGCACGUGAACCGGUGAAGAGUGAUGGCUCGGUGUUUCGUUCGGUGGAAGCCCUGGGAAGACACGCAUAUUUGGUCACUCGUAGGGUGGCAGAGCUGCUGGUGCAGCAUACCCUGCCUAUGUACAACCAUGGGGACAAGAUGUUUCAAGAAGUCUAUCAACGAUUCCAGCUGCGAGCAUACCAGCCACCAGAACCCCUCUUUUUCCAAGACCGAAUCCAUUUCGAGUCCGAACUCACAGAGCGCUGGAAGCCUUCUCGGGCUUUCCAGCCCACUCCAGAGCACGAUGAAAUCCGUGACUCGGAUCGUCCCGAGAUGCUGCGGCGUUUACAGCGGCAGGACAAGAAACAGUCGUCCAGUUGGCCCAGAAGCAACACUGCACUAUUCCUGAAUAUAGACGGUGUGGUCAAUUCACUUGAGUCACCUUCUGAUUCAUCGAAGUGUGGUCGCCCAGAUCCACACGCAUUGGCGAAACUUGCUAAGAUCAUGAAGCUCACGGGCUGUUGUCUUGUUUUAACAAGUCCCUGGCGUUUGGACGAACGCUAUUGCGGGCGUUUGGCCUCAGCUUUAGUGCGCAGCGGUGUCUCUUGGGCCACACAGGCGGUCGCAGCAACACCUGAUGGCCGAGGUCAUGCAGCCAAUCAGACCGAGCAAAGGAUCUUGGAGAUUGGAGCAUGGCUGGAGGAACACCCCUGGUUGCAGGGCUGGGUGGUUGUGGACUGCUUGGAUUUGAUGGCCGUGGAUCCCACGAUUCGCCAUCAAUUUGUGAAAACCGACACAUCCAUUGGGCUACUUGACAGCCAUGUGGAGGAAGUCUUAGCAGUUCUGAAGUCCAGAGCGACAGAGCCGAUGUGA